AUGGGAAAGAGACCUUUGACAGCGGAAGAGCAAAACAUUGGCAAAUCAUGGUACCCGCGUCUGUUCCAACUCCGGGAGAAAUGUUACGGUGGAUUCUUUUACGGCAAAAUUGAAAGAAACACGUUUGACGAUUCCCCAGAAGAGCGAGAGGCCUUCUACAGAUCUCUCUGGGACCAUGGGGGCUUCCGGUUCUGGCUCGGAAAUUACAAGGACAUGUUUGAAAACGCCGACGCGAACAAAGAGGCCUACAAGUUCUGGUCGCGAAAUGUUCGUCUUAGGAUUGGCGACGCCAGGAAGAGGGACCUCUUGGCUCCAACUGUUGACAAGAUGCCUCAUUUCUUCGGAAUUAAGAGGCCCUGUUUGGAACAGGACUACUACGAACAAUUCAACAAGUCCAACGUGGAUGUGAUCGACAUCAGCAAGAACGGUAUUUCCAGCUUUACUGAGACAGGUAUCCGGCUAGAGGACGGCACUCACCACGAGUUUGAUGUCGUUGCUAUUGCCACUGGCUUCGAUAUCACAACUGGUGGAAUGACGAACAUGGGUCUGAAGAGUAUCAACAACACAUAUCUCCAAGACGAAUGGAAAGCUGCGGCAAAUACCUACUUGGGCACUACGGUCAGCGGCUAUCCCAACAUGUUCCACAUGUACGGCCCACACGGUCCGACUCUUCUCAGCAACGGACCUUCAACCGUUGAGGUCCAGGGCCGAUGGAUCGCGCACUGCAUCCGCAAAAUCGAACGAGAGAACAUAUUGUACAUCAACCCGACUGCUGAAGCAACUAAGCAUUGGAAACAAAGGAUCAACGACAUCAGCAACGCUACUUUAUUCCCAACCACGAGGUCCACGUAUAUGGGCGGUUCGAUGCCCGGUAAGGCAUUUGAGCAGGUCAAUUAUGCUGCCGGUAUCCCUGAAUAUGCUGUGGAGAUUCGGAAAGCAUUGGAUGGAUGGGUUGGCUUCGAUAUUGCGAAGGACAAAACAGACAGAAGCAGACUCUGA